ACCAUUAACCAGCAUUCAAUGCGACUCCCAGAGUGACGUGUCGUAUAAGUGAAAGAUCAAGGCAGCCGACGCUGAUUAUUCACUGAAGGCCGACAGAAGCUGGGUAGCCGGUUAAUGUCUAGAGGCGAGCUGCUCAAACAUUUCCUUCAUAAUGGAAGAAGGAAGCCUGGAGACUGCCAUUGAGACUUACAAUGCCCAACUACAGCAGGUGGAAACUGCAUUGGGGGCAGGGCUGGACCCCUCCCAACAGUUGGACCUCUUAAAACUGAGAGACGAUUUGCAGCAGCUGAUAGAGCUCACAGAGUCGAGCCUCGUAUCGGUGAAGAAGAGCAAGCUGCUAGCUACUUUGGAAGGGGGGUUGGCCUCACAGCUGGAACCCAAAGCAGAGGAACCAGAGACUGGUGACACCAACGUGGAGUAUGCUGCUUUUGCUGAACCUUCAUCUGCUAAUUCCAAUAGUGAAAACAUAACUGAAUCCAGUCAGGUGCCUAAUCCAGGUCAUCUUCAGAAUGUGGAGGAAGAGGAUGAUGAUGACGAUGAAGAAGAUGUGAUGAGUGGGACCAAAGUCCACGCCCCCUACCGCACCUCCUGGGGAACAUUAGAAUAUCACAAUGCCAUGGUUGUGGGUGUCAAAAACUCUGACGGUGCUGAUCCACAGGUCUGCGUUUUGUACAUCUACCCAACACAUAAAUCUAUGAAACCUUGUCCUUUCUUCUUGGAAGAUAAGUGUCGGUUUAUGGAGAACUGCAGAUUCUCCCAUGGAGAGAUGGUAUUGUUGUCUGAGCUUCGUCAAUUUCAGGAAUUGGACCUCAGUUCUCUGGAAGUGGGAUCAUCCUGUUUAGCCAGACAUGAGGAUAGGAUCUGGUACCCAGCCACAAUUACAGACAUUGACAGCGGUUACUACACUGUCAAAUUUAAUUCACUUCUGCUGAAGGAGGCGGUAGUGGAGGGGGAUGGUAUAAUCCCACCAAUGAGAAGAGAGGAGGAAUCUUCAUCAGACUCAGACGAUGAGGAGCUGGGCGAGGAUUCAGCCUACGCUAAAGUUGUAGAUUCUCUAUCCACAGAGACAGAGGGGUUGACCUCUUCCUGUAGCUCAGGAUUUGCAGGCUGGGAGGCUCACACUAGAGGCUUUGGAUCCAAACUGAUGGCGAAGAUGGGCUAUGAAUUUGGGAAAGGUUUAGGGAGAAAUGCUGAGGGGAGAGUGGAGCCAGUCCAGGUGGUGCGCCUACCUAAAGGAAAAUCCCUGGACCAGUGUGCUGAACUCUUACAGAAGAAAAAGGAGGGAAAACCAAAAAAACGCAGGAGGAAAGGCAGAAAUGGGCCUGGCACUUCCACAGAGCGGAAACCUAAACAGAAUGUGUUUGACUUUUUAAAUGACAAGCUUGGUGCUGGAGGACAUCGCGGUGGAUCUCAGGCAGAGCCCCCUUCAGCUGUGAAGAGCAGUAAAGAGAGCUAUCAGGGGGGGAAGAGCGCAAACAGGACUCUCAAUGUCAGACUUUUUCAAACUACGGAGAGAGUUGAGCAGAUACAAAAGGAAAUAAAAUGCAUAAUGGAAUCUCUUACCCGGAAUGUUGGAAGGGAUAAGGCAGUGACCACUCGCUUGGAAGAGAAGUUGUGUAGUGCCAGGAAGCAGCUGGAACAGUUCAAAGCUCAGGAGGUCAGUAUUCAGAAUGAACAGCGGAAAGUAAACACACACAAGAAGAUGACCACAUUUUGACUGAUGUAUUUUUUUGUUUUAUUUUUUAAUGUCAGAACAUUGGCAGACAAUACUUUUCCCCUUCUGUUUCCACAUUUGUUUUUGGUUAUCUUUGGAAAUCUGUCUGCCACUAAUUGUACAGCACGUAUAAAUAUUGGAACAAUUGGUUGUUUUACUGUUGCAAUUUCUGGAAUCCCACACUCCUUGAGCGUUACUCAUAAGAGCAUGUACACAUCUAGGCUGGAAAAAGUGGUGCUACCAGAAAGCAUUUUAAUUAGCAAUUGAAAAUGUAUCUGAGGACUGAAUUUGGAUAAUUAUGUUAUCCACAACUAACAAGCACUGCCAAUAUUUAUCCAGAAACUUUUUUUUUCUUCUUUUUAAAAAAAAAAAAAAAAAAAAAAAAAAAAAAAAUUGUCAUACAAUCUAGAGAAAGUGGUCUUUUGAAAUCUGUACAGGUAUAUUUAUGAUAUUAAUAAACAUGAAAACAUGUUGAAACUCAAAUGGAAUUGAAGUUUCUUUCAGCUUAUUAGUUUUUCAUAACUGCAGUGCAGUGUUGCUGCCAGGCUGGACAAUUCUAGAAGAGCAUAGAUCCAACUGCCCAGUUCCUCACUUUGUGGCUCGCUUAUCCAGUCAAUGGACUAGUCACCCUGCCUGCUCGCUCUGUGUUUCAGACCAGCCUGUCAGGCAACUGUCCCAUCUGGUACCAGAGCCAUAUGACACCAACUUAAAAAGUAUUUUUGUAAUGGUUUAUGUAGUUUGAAAGCAAGAGCAUUGUUGAGGAUGAGGUUUAUUCAACUUGUUACUCGUCUUGAUCAAGCACUCCCCUUGAUCAGUACUAUCGACAGAAGAAGAGUAAAGUUAUUAAAGGAGCACUUGUAUAAUAAAAGCAUCACAGGACACCAAUACAGUAGUUGUUACAUGUACUACAGUAUUAUAGUCCUGAAGAAAACAUCAGGACAAAACCGUUUUAAUAGUUGACUAAAUUGCAUAGAGCACCAUUCUCCUGUUACUGCUUGUGUUGGAAGGAAGAGGGACAAUACUCCAUCCAGCCCGUCUGUGUGUUUCUUUAGAACACUAAUUUGGUUAAAAGCUGGGUGUAUCAUUUUAUUACAAUAACUUUUAGUGCUGCCUUGGGCUUUUUGAUUGGAUAAGGUUCUCCAACAUACAAAUGGUGGUCUGAAGACACUUGUAUCUCAAUAUACAGGUUUAGCAUAAGCCUCUUCUACAAUCUGACACUGAUUUAAGACGUUUUAAUACAGUUUUGUUUUUUUUUUCCUCCAGAAUUCUGUACAUUUGUAAUUCAUAUUCUGGAGUAUGCUUUCUUUUAAGAUGCUAUACAUGUUAUGUGAAUAUGUGCAGCAUUGAAAUGCUUAAUAAAUGUUACUUGACCUAGCAAAGGCUGUGCCUUCACACUGUUCCCUCUGUCUGAUUGUUUUGCAUUGAUCUUAUACCAUUAAAGAGAGCAAGCUUGUUGUGAUUUUCAUUUUGAGCGCGCAGUGUCCGCUCCGCUGCUGUAGGUCUAUUAACAUUCUGUUUGAUCCCAUUCUGGGCUUGUCUCCUACAAUAUAGAAGAAAUAACUAUAAAAU